CAUGGUUCCGGAAAAUGCACCAUGGAGGUUCAGGUUGAAGGUGAAGAUGGUUCCAAAUUCGCAUUUGAAAAGGGUGAUAAAUCAGUGUUUGGACGAGGCUCUGGUUUUAGCACUAACGACCGCACAGUUUCUCGCCGUCACGUUUCGUUCCAAUUGGAGGCGGAAUCAGAGGCUCCUAGGGUUUCAUUCGAAGUCACCGGAAGGAACCCCAUUUGGGUGUGGACUAACAAGGACGGAGCGGUUAGGAUCUUCAGGAAGUUGGAGAAGGGUCACUUGGAAUUCGGGGACCGUUUCUGCUUGUUUGGGAAGGAACCCCUCUGGUUCAUUUUGAAGAAAGGGGAUGAAGUUGCUGAACCUGAGAGUUCAACGGGUGACCUUAAUUUUGACAAAAUGGAUGUUUCUGGAAUUGAUCCUGUUCAAGAGUUUGGUUUUCUUGUAAUGGGACACGAGUUUGACCAUUAUCCGAAGGGCAUGAUCCGGAAUGUGAAGGAUUGGGAUUGGUUCCUCGAGGAACCUAGCAAAGAUAGUGAGGAUGAGGAUGAUUUUAGGAAGGAGAGGAGGAAAAUGAAGAGAAAGCGAAAAAAAUGUAAAGACAAUGAAGAUGACGAGUGGACUGGGGAAAGUGAAGAUGAUAAGGACCUUGAUGCUAAGAUAGGGAAAGGUAAGAGACCAGGCUACUCCACAAGGUCAAAAGAAAAUAAAGGACCUAAUAGAGAUACCAAAGCUAGUAGAAAUUCUACGCGAAAGAAAGCAGCUCGUGUCAAUGAAACUGAUGAAGAAGAAGACAGUGAUGAUGAGACCCUAGGAGGCUUCAUUGUUGCUGAUGAAGAGAAUGUUCCGGAUGAGGAAAACAAUGAAGACGAAGAGGAGGAGUUUGAAGAAGAUGAAGAUGAUGAAGUGGAGGUAUAAUGUCAAGGGAAAGAAUAUACUUGUACUUCUUGACGCUAGAUGCUGGAUGCCAUGGCUUUUUAAUGUCAAUAUGUAAUGAUAAGUAGUUUUCACUUUUCGUCUCCAUGACAUCGUUUUGAUAUUUUUCUUUAAAUGUUUGAAUGAAUUGUUUUAUGUAUAGUAC